UAGAAUGAGCGUGUGUUAGGAAGUGUAGCUGAUUACUACUUUCAUUACAUUUUGGCGGAAAAGUGUCUCCCUGCUGUGGCUUGGAGUCCCUACUACAUCUAGGGAGCAUUGUGAACAUAACAUGAGAGCCCCUGACGAUGCGCCGCUCCUAUCUUGGACGUAAGAAGUGCUAGAUAUCAGGAAGGAGAAACGGCACAAGUGGUAGCAGAGCGUGAUGGGUCACCAUUGUUGCGUUCCACACUGUGGCUCUAAUAGCCGCAGUUCUGGGAAUGGAGCAGUCACAUUUCAUACUUUUCCCAUUGACCCAAAGGAACGGAAGUUGUGGAUUCUUAGUGUAAGAAGAGCUGAUUACAAAAAACUCACAGUUAAUAAGCACACUAAAAUCUGUUCCAAACAUUUUCGGGAUGAGGAUUUUGUACAGUCCCAGUAUUCAAAGCGACGGAUGUUGAAGAAGGGUAUAGUGCCAUCUGUGUUUGCUUUGACUAAAGGGAACCAGGAGGCACCUCAGUGUGAAAAGAAAACUGAACAUUCUUCACGUGAUUCUGGAGACAAAACUUCGAAAGAAGAGGCCAGAUCUCAGGCAUCUCGUGAGAACAGUUCAAAUGCUAGUCAGACUGUUCCACCUGAGAUAAAGGAAGCUGAUAGGGAUCUUUCAGGAAAGACGAAAGUUGGAUCUUCUACUUCUAAACACUCUGUGGUUACUGUGGAAAGAAAAGUCAAAGAUAAAAUUGCCAAGAAAGAGAUGAACAUUUCAAGUGACAACGCUGCUCAUUUACUAUCAUCAAACUCCACAUGUGAGUCUCCUACCAAAUCAGAUGAUUCAGAACAAGGGAGUGUUAGUGACAUGACACCUACAAAUGGUAGCAGUCCCGCCAACAGUAGCAAUGGCACUCCUAGCAGAAGACAGUCCUCUGCACUCAACUUCCAGAUUGGCAACAGACUGGAAGCUAAAGACCUAGGAAGUGAAAUAUGGUAUCCUGUCAAAAUUGUAGAAGUGGACUGGGAUGAUGAAGAGAUUCUCAUACAUUUUGAAAAGUGGUCUCAGCGCUACGAUGAAUGGAUCCCAAUGGACAGCUCUCGACUUAGACCCAUUGAAAAUCCAACUCCGCAAAAUGAUGGUAAGAAUGUGUCAAAAGUAUUCAAUAUUGGGGACCGAGUGAUGGCAAAAUGGAAUGACAGCAGACGAUAUCCAGCCAAAGUCAAAGCUGUGUUGGGGAAUGACAUGUAUGAAGUACUGUUCUUUGAUGGUUUUACCAAAAAUAUAAAGGGAAUACGAAUGUCAAAACUUGAAAGUGAUGCGGAUAAUAUGGCCGAGAUAGGUCCUGGACUGUCAGAAAAAUUGCUUUCUUCAACAAUAAUUACACCUAUCGUGAGGAAUGAAGUAAUUUCCGAAGCCAUUGGCACGAAACAGGAGAGACGAGAACGCAAAAGGAAAAUAAACGUUGUUGAAUUGUUUCAUCCAAAGAAACGCCAGAAACUUGAUCCUGAUGCAUCAUCUUCAAAGUCUUCCUCAGAAGUAGAAAGACGAAAGAAAGCAGAGAAAGGAAAAAGGUGCAAAGAGAGUGACAGUGCUGUCAGUGAUGGUCAUGGCAAUGAAGGUGAGAAGAAGUAUAUCAACGUGGAUACAAAUGGGACUGUUCAUGAGGCAAUUGAGGGUUCAAAAAUAGAUGAGACAGUGGAGGGAAGACAGGUUGAUGAGGAUUCUCUGGCUAGGCCAAAGAAGAAGAUUGUGCGAAGAUCAGGAGGAGGUGCAGAUGAGAAUGCAGACAAGCCCCGACGUGGCUUGCAGCAGGGAGAGCCUCAAGGGAAAGCUAAGUCUCUUGAAGUGAAAUCCUACACAAGGAAAAUUCCAGGCAAGAUUCCCCUUGGGGGUCAAGAAUAUCCUUCCACACCCUCAAAGUCAAGACAGGACUCUAGCAAGGGGAAUGCAGAAGAUGAAGAAGCUCCACGCAGGAGGAGGAAGGAUUUUUCAAACAAUUCAUCCAAAUCUGCUAAUAGGUCUAAUCGUAAGGAGAGUGACAGAGAAGAAACAGUGAAAUGGGAAAGUGAUGGACAGGCUGGUUUCAUUGUGGAAAGUCCAGAUGGGCCCAGGAAGACCACUGUUGUUCCUGAUAAGAACCUUCCCAGAGGUUGGAGUAAGCAUACAAUCCAACGCAAACAUGGCAAUUCAGCAGGGAAAUGGGAUGUUAUCCUUGUGAAUCCUCAGGGACGCAGGUUCCGUUCUCGUAAUGAGUUGCGACUGUUCUUUGAAGAAAAUGGAGAAUCUUUCAAGGCAGAUAUGUUUGACUUUUGCCUCAGUGGUAAAAGGCGCAUGUCUCGAACACCUGAUGAUAGCAUUCCAAGUGGAAGGAAAAUGUCUCGUGGUCCUGGAGGCAAGGCUAAGGGAAUAAUAGGUCCUGGUGAUGGUGAUAUGGGAGAACACCAGUCUGUGCCGCAACAGCAGAAACAACAGUUGCAGCCUCAGCGCCGGGUCAAAACAUUACUGCCCAAGAUCAGGCGCACAUCAGCAUCUCAGUGUGAAGAUGUUGACCGUGAGAAAAAUGUUGACCCAACGCCACCUCCCCCACCCUACACUGCAGCUGUAAUGUCGGUACCUGCCAUCAGAAUGGAGACUGAAAUGCUUGAAGGUGAAGUUCUUGUUGGGGGCUUGAAAAUUCAAAUGGAAAACAAUACAUUCAAGUGUCCCAAAGAUGGUUGUGGCAAGAAUUUUCGCAAAGAAAAUUUGCUACAGAUGCAUCUCAAACAUUAUCAUCCAGAGUACAACAAAUUUAUGGGUUCAACUCCAAACGUGGCAGAUCUGGCAUAUGCUCGAACAGUUGGUGAAUCAAUAGAUGACCUCAUACCUAAAUCACGAUAUAGUGGUGUUGGUGCCUUUGCUAUGGGUAGCACAUCAUAUUCAGAAAAGACAAAUCGUUUUGAACCAAGCCGUAAAUCUAAAACUGGGCCAUCCUUUGGUGUUGGAAGUGGUAAGAGUGGAGGAGUAGGAGGAAAUGGAGGUGGUGGAGAUUGCAGCACAGCAUUGGAAAAAAAGAAGGGAACAUCCAAAGAAAAACAAUCUUCAGUAGCCACUAAGAAGCCUGGAAAAGGAAUGAUUGGUGAUGGUGAUGGACGAGCAUCAGCUGAUGAUGUGUCUGGCGAGAGCAAGGUGCCAAGUGAAGAGAAGUUGACAGUUGUUGAAAAUACAUCUGCCCCUGUUACUGAUAUUGCAGCAAUAACAACACACAAGGAAGAGAAAAAGGAACCACAGACAACAAUUAAAACUCUAAUGCCAGUAAUUCGAUCACCCUCACAUGCUCAGGAAAUAUCAGCAACAGAGCGGUUGAAGAGUAAAUUCCCUGCAGUUGAGGAAGGUGAAGAGUAUAUUGAGGUAAUUGAUGUGGGACCUCAGCAGAUACCACCUACUCAUACCACUAGUCUGCAGUUCAUGCCUCAGUCAUCAGUUUCAAACACACAGAGCACCACCAGUUCAACAAAAUCUCUUCGUACUAUUCGUCGUCGCCGUCUGUCAGACUUCCAUUUUGAGCCUUUACAUAAGAGGCGUAAGAUAGCAUCAACAUCAAAAUUGGAUAUGUCAGAAGAUGCGGCGGAUGUAGUGGAUGACAGUGGUGGAUCCCCGGUGGAUGUGAAAACCCCAACAACAGGAACAGUUGGAAGUGGGAGAAGUACUACUACAACAUAUCGCUACAGCAAGAAAAAGACACCUAUUGUUCACCUGGAAAAGUUAAAUGUUGUCACAGACAGUAAUGGUCGCAUCAUUUUGUCUCCCUCCGUCCAGGACCAACGAGAAUGCAAGUUGCUUGAAACUCCAGCAGCAGAACAGCCUGCAGUGGAUCAUUUACGGAAGGAGGAACUGAUUAACUGCACAUGCGGUUUUAUGGAGGAGGAUGGACUCAUGAUUCAGUGUGACCUAUGUUUAUGCUGGCAGCAUGGAAUAUGUAAUAAUAUUGAAAAGGAAACAGAAGUACCAGAAAAAUAUGUGUGCCCUAUUUGCUUAAAUCCAUAUCGCCAGCGCAAGUCAAAGAAAUAUUUGCAUGAUCAGGAUUGGCUUAAAGAAGGGAAACUGCCAAGUUUAUCUUUCCGUUCAAAGAAUGAAUCAAAUAUUCUUGAAAGGGAAGCCAUAUUAAAGAGAUCUCAUGAUCUGACAGGAUCCUUGCUGCAAAUCCAACAGGUUCUUCAUAGUCUCAGGGUAAAAGUUAAUAUCGCAGGGAAAUCUGAUCACCCAAAAUUAUAUCUAUGGGCCAAAAGUUGGGAGAAGGAAGGAGAAAGUUCUUCAGCACAAUUGACCUCUGUAUCUCAGCAACAUGUAGCUGCUGAAGAUGAGUUCAAGCCGCAACUUGAAAACAAUGCAUCAUGCAGUCAUAACGAGGAGAAAGCAGCAUCAGACACCAGCACUGUUGUUCCACCAAAAAUGACAGACCAGAAAGAUGCCGUGCCUAUCCCUGUACCCUCUGAACUUGGACGAGUCGAACAUCCUGAUGGUAGUAAACAAGAUACAAAAACAGGAGACAGAGAGGUGAAUUUGGAACAGCAGGUUCAGAAAGAAACUGUAGUAGCUGAAAGAGAAACGUCUGAAGUACAUUCUUUAUCUGAUAAAAUAAAAGAUGAGAACAGGUUAGAUAGAAGAACCUCUGAAAAGAAGCAUGAAACAGAAAUUGAAGCAGUUACUACUGAGAAUGUUGAUGGUGUGGAGUCUUCUUUAAGCAAUGAACAACAUCCUUCAUCCACCAAUGAUCAAAAUAAUUCUGAUUCUAAUGCUCCUCCUUCAAAUGAAGAUCAAGGUACGAAGAUAGAUCAACUACAGUUACAGUUUGAAGGUACAGCAGACAAACCAGUUUCACCACGUGCACUUGGGAAUGUGCACAGACAUGACUGUGAAGCAUACCCUGCUGCAGAAAAAGUACAAGCAAAAGAAGAAAUUUCUGAUGCUGGUUCUGAAAAUCAGGUAGUGCAGUCUGAAAAGAAAGAAGGUUGCAUCAGUGAAGUUUGUUCAGAAGAGAAGUUAGAAGUAACUGACAUGUGCAGUUCCUCAGAAGAUGUCCCUAAGCAGCUAGAUCCAGGCCCAACUGAAGAAACAGUGAAGUCCAAUAGUGAGAAGAAACCUGAUGAGACCAUGUCACGACUGGAGAGUCCUGGGUUGUUGCAUCAGACUAUAACAAAUGCAAAUCCUCUAAAUAAUGGUGGUAUAGGAGGUCAGUUGGAUACUUCAGGUCAUCCCAUGUUGCAGCUACCAAUCUGUCAGUCGGAGCUCAUGCAGUUUGCCAGUACCAUAGCAGAUAAUCUGAGUGCAACAGAACCAGGUCGCCCCGCUGCAUCAGGCCCGGUUCCUGUGGCUGAACCUCCAAGAGCACCUCAACCUGAGGCACCCAUUGACCCUGUUGAGUGUCGGUCAUGUCUACUUGAUCACAUUGACCACUUCCAAACACAGAUUGACACAAGGCUGACAAUGCUUGAGGAGCAAGUUGCAGCUCUCGAAUCUCAGGAUCCAGAUGCUGCAAAAGAUGAAGGACCCGACUUCUAUCCACAAACGAAACAGACAAUUCAGAUGCUGCUUCGUGAUCUUCAAACCAUGCGUAAAAUUGCUGCCCUUAACUAAUGGUAACAGUUUGGAAGGAUGCAGUAUGCAUUUUCAUGACCAUGUCACAUUAUAUCUGUGCAAGUGAUAAGAAUUGUGACACACUGUACUGUUUAUACACCUUGUCUUCUUCUAUGUCCAUUAGUUCAUUUACGAUUCAAAGUUAAACACACCAUUUAAUCAUUCAAGCACUGUCUUUUUAUUCUAGCUUUUGAGUCUGAAAAGAUGGAGCCCAGAAGUUCAUUAUAAUGUCUGCAGGAGUCUGCCAUUGAGUGAGAUUAAUACAUUCCACCUCCUUUCACUUGAAUUCUGUAAUAUCCGAUGCUUUGAUCAUUGUUCUUUCAGACUGAAUUUUACUUGUUUUCAGCUGCAGACAAAGCAGUAGUGAUUUGUUGCUCUCUAAUAUUUGUGCGUUAUGGCUGCCAGCCAUGCGUUUCAAUUAAACUGGAAUAAAGCAAAUUGUUUAUA